CCUACUUCUCUCUACUACCAAUACCAGAGAGAGACUUUUAGGGGGAGAGAAAGAGAGAGAAAAGGGUCUCUUCUUUCUUUCUCUUCUCUUUCACUAAUAAUAGCGUUGAUCUCAGUAGUCGUGGGAUCAGAUCAGAUCAGAUCAUAUCUUACAGUUAGUUGUGAUCAAAUGGCUAUGGCUGGCUCUCUCUCAAAGUCUAAGCUCCUAAUUAACCAGGCUCUUCCCCUCUCCAAUAGUAUUACUCGGAGGGGUUACGCGGCGUCAUCUCAAGGGUCCAUAGGGGUACGAUUAGGUAAGGGAGGGUGUAUGGUAGGGAAUAACGAAGUGGAAGGGAGGCCUAACAAGUACUCAGAAGACAAAGAAGCAGCAGCCUCUGCAUGGAUCCCAGAUCCAUUAACUGGCUAUUACAGGCCUGCUAAUCGUGCGGUUGAGAUCGACCCAGUUGAGCUUCGUCAAAUGCUGUCGAACAAUAAAGUCAGACCCCUUUAGAUUAUAAUUACAUUUUAACAUAGUAUUAUUACAACAUUUACCAUGAACUAAGUUUAAUUACGUUGCAAAUAGAGCUCUAAGAAUUUGAUUAAAGUCGUAUCUCUAUAUAUAGAUCAUCAUGUCUUUUCCAAUAAACUCUAAUAAUAUAUAUCUAAGAAGUUUAUUAUUA